AUGGGCAGACUAAUUAAGAACCACUGGGGAAGGUUGAUCAUCCUUACGGCCUCAGCUUACCAAAUUGCAAGCGCAAUUGAAGGCUUCAUCUGGCCCAAGGUCUUCUGGGACUUUAUCUCCAAGAACCUCGAUGCCGCCGUUCACCCGAUCCCCGUCCUUCAAAUCCUCAACUUAAUAAUGGGCCUGGUCGGUCUGGCCUGGGAAUGGCCAUUAAAGCCGCUUGCAGGAUCUCUGCCACAUCGCAGCAUCGAAAUCCGACUCGUUAUUUAUCCACUAAGCGCUCUCUUUGCGGCCUUGCUCUAUCAGGGUACUGAUCCUGCGAUAUACUACUUGGUCGGUAUCGGGGUGUACUUUUGGGCAUAUAGCGAAGGAGAGGUUGUAUGUCCGGAGCCUUGGACGUUACCAAAGAGAUCAAGGGUGCUAAAAGCAUAA